CCCGCCCACCAGCAAAUCACGUGAGCCAUCAAAAUGGCGGUGUUCGGGCAUGAGGCUGGGGCCAAGCUGAGGGAUUCAGGUGUGGUGCCGGUGGUAACUGAGGAAGCGCCCAAGGAAAUGAAACACGAUUUCCAAAAUGAACUCAGUCUUUCAUGAGAAACUGAGGAUAGAGAUGUCAAUAAGCAGCCAUUGUUUCCACCUCCCCACCUGAAGAGCUAGGAGGACAACUACAAAGGGCCUGACUGCCUUCUCAGAAUGAGGAGAGAGGAAAACAGAAACAGUAUCAGAUGUCAAGAUGACAGCAUCUAUGCAUGGUCAACCCAGUCCUUCUCUAGAAGAUGCAAAACUCAGAAGACCAGUGAUCAUAGAAAUCAUAGAAAAAAAAUUUGACUAUCUUAGAAAAGAAAUGACACCAAAUAUAUAUCAAACGACGUCAUUUGGAACAACAGCUGGUUUCUCUGGAAUAUUCUCAAACUUCCUGUUCAGACGCUGCUUCAAGGUUAAACACGAUGCUUUGAAAACAUAUGCAUCAUUGGCUACACUUCCAUUUUUGUCUACUGUAGUUACUUACAAGCUGCUUGUAAUUGAUCCUUUGUAUUCAGAAAAUAUAAGCAAGGAAAACUGUGUUUUCAGAAGUUCACUGAUCGGCAUAGUUUGUGGUGUUUUCUACCCCAGUUCUUUGGCGUUUACUAAAAAUGGACGUCUGGCAACUAAGUAUCAUACCGUUCCACUGCCACCAAAAGGAAGGGUUUUACUCCAUUGGAUGAGGCUUUGUCACACACAAAUGAAAUUAAUGGUGAUUCCUCUAGUCUUUCAGACUGUAUUUGGAAUAUUAAAUGGUCUAUACCAUUAUGCAAUAUUUGAAGGGACACUUGAGAAAACUAUACAUGAAGAGUAACCAAAAAAAUGAAUGGUUGCUAACUUAGCAGAAUGAAGUUUUUAUAAAGAGGACUCAGGCAUUGCUGAAAGAGUUAAAAGUAACUGUGAACAGAUAAUUUGUUUCUGUGCCUUUUGCCUGGUAUAGCAAAUACUCAAAAAAUAUUCAAUAAUUCAAUCAAUAAAUAUAAGUUUCAUCUUACAUGUAAGAUACAAGUUUUAUCUCCUGAUGGUGUGUCCAUUUUGCCUGGUAUGUAACAGAUAAUAAAUAUUCAGUAUCAAUAAAUAUAAUAAUAGAAGUUU